GUCAAAAGUACGUCUUGGUGGAUAUAAGUCUCUAAGAAGUCAUGACUCAAUUCGAAGCAGAUUCAAUCAAUCUAUAAAACUGCAUUUCGAAGAUGUCGCAUAACAUUCUAAUCACGGGUGCCUCAGGCUACCUCGGCGGGACGAUCCUCGCCCGCUGGAACCACGCCAAGCUCCCGCCAUACCACACGCUCUACGCCCUUGUCAAAACACCCGAGCAAGGCGAGAAAGUCAAGCAGUACGGGGCCGAACCCUUGAUAGCGAACAUCAACGACCACGACACCGUCACCCAGCUCAUCGUCGACAACGACAUCACGAUCAUCUACUUCCUGAUCGAUGCCUUCACUGGAAAGCAUCAGCCCACCCUGAUCAAGGCACUGGGACUGGUCAAGCAGAAGACGAAUCUCGACGUACAUUUCCUACAGACCACCGGUGCCAAGCUAUUCAGCCGCCAUGCUGGCAUCCCGACCGACCGACCAUUAUUAGACACCGAUCCCGAGCUGUAUAGCAUCGUCAAACAUGCGACGCCGCCGCAUGAGUUCGUCAUUGAGCCAGCGAAUGCCAAUCUCAACGUGAUCGACAUGUCAGAAGCCCAUGGAGUGCGAAGCUACAUCUUCGCGCCCUGUCUGGUGUAUGGACGAGGAGAAGGGUUCGGUAAUCAGAUUUCGAUCCAGGAUGUGGACAUUGUGCGGGCUGCGAAGAAGUUGCGUCGCGUGUACCGAGUGGAUACCGAUAAUCCGAGCUGGCCAGUAAGCCACGUCGCUGAUACCGCGGACCUGUAUCUCCAAAUCCUGCGCAAGAUUCUUUCGGGUGAUGAGAUCGGAUAUGGCAAGAACGGGUUCUUUCUUGCUGCCUCGGGCAAUCUGCCGUGGAAUGACAUCUACGCUGCCAUGGCUAAGGGACUGGCUAAACACAAUGUAGUCGACGAUGAGGUCGUCAUGGAUGCAGAUGAGUCGGCCUUGGCUCGAAUGGGUGAGGCGCUUGGCGUGCCACCGUCGGCUGUUGCGGUGGUCCUGGGUGGGAAAUGCUCGUUCACCGCUGUACACGGUAAGCAGAUCGGCUGGACUUCUAAGUACCCGCCGGAGCAUUUCUUCGAGGUGGUGGAUGAGGAAGUCGAUCUUAUUGUGCAGCAUCUGGUUAAUUAGGCUUAAGAUGGAUGAGGGAAUUUGGGUGUCGAGGCGGGCUUCUACAAUGCACUGCCAAAGUAGCAGCAUCGAAAAUUACAGACCAUUUUGUUUUUCAGCCAUGCUUAUUGCGUCCAACUCGUUGCAGUGGAAAUAUGUCUUCGGGGGACAAAAACAGUCCCGAGGCGCUCCUUCUCUACUCGCAAUGAAAGUGGCGGGAGACGCUAUCUCGAGACUUAUUCAAGAC